AUGAAGUCAAACUUUAAGAACAUCAUCCUCAUCCUCGGGCUCGCAAGUCUCACAGCAACGAUCCCCCGAGAACGCCAUGACAAGGACGCUGAUUGCUUCUCCUUCCACCACCACGACGAAGGCGACAUGUUGAAGCCCCAUCACUUCAACCUCGAGCUCGACUGCAACAGCAGUUCCGUCUCAAUCGACGUACAGCCAUCCCAACUCUCACUCUCCUGUGCUCUCAUCAGCACCCGCAGAAUGCCCGACGGAACGCAUGAUCCGCAUGAAUUCCCCAUCGAGCUCAAAUCCGGAGCAUCAUUUUUCCGCGGAAAGAAGAUCAAAUCGACCAUGCUUCAGCCAUUCAUCAUCUCACGCUCGCAAAUCCCUGAUGGGGAGGACCGGGUGGCGAUGCUGGUAGGAUGUGUGAAGAUCCAUCGUGGAUGGUCGAAAGGGCAAACGCGAGAGGAUCUUGAGAUUUGGUGUGAAGUGUUGCAAGUCGAAGCGGCAGACAGAAAUGAUGGCGGGGAGUCAAAGAUGGAAUGA